AUGGAAAAUUUUCAAGAUUAUCUGGACUGUAUUGAAAAUGACUAUAAUUUAGUACUAGCACAUUCAACAGAUGAUGUAUUUACGAAGACUAAUACAGGAUGUGACUUAUUGAUUCACGAAUUACUGUCGUUUUUACAAAUUCGACCAUUUUGCAUAGUUUUGAUUCAUAAUCUAAUUGAGGAAUUAUACAGUAAGGCAUCAGAAAGAAAUUCAUUCAAUUUAUUGCCAGAAAAGAUAAUCCAUUAUAUUUUCAGAAAAAUUAAAACAUGCAAACAAGCUAAUCUUCGCGAAAUUAUUCCAUCUAUAAGAUUACUAUCAUAUCUAACUAAAAGCAAUCUGAUUAACUCUGAUUUAAUCAUAUCAAAUUUAAAAAACUACACUUUCAAUGAGUUUCCAGGUGCUAUUACAAUCCUAAGAUUCUUUCUAGCUCCAAUAGUUACCAAUUGCUCUCAUAAACUCGAUAAUAUACUCCAAAUUAACGAAGAUUUGACAAUUUCAGAAAAUCCAGAAAUCUGGUGCUUAUGGGUCAAAUUCCAUGAUUUCCAUCAAGAUGAUUGGGACACAAUCAUAUCCAGCGCUACACAUGGCUGCAACGACGACUCUUUAGAAUAUUUUUUGAUGAAAGAUGAUUUAGAAAAUUUUCAGAACAUCACAUCAGUAAAACCCGAUUUUGAUUUUAAUCAGAAAGUGCAGCUCCCUGUUUUCUUCUACUUUCCGCUCCCAGAAAAGAAAGCUUCAUUAAUAGAAAUCGCUGCUUUCUAUGGAUCAAUAAAUUGCUUUAAAUUUUUGUAUAAUAACAUAAAAAUCGAAGGGAAAAUAGGAUUCUACAGUGUUAUUGAUUACGCAGUUGCAGGUGGCAAUCUUGAAAUCGUUAGAAUCUGUAUGCAGAAUGGUUUAGAACCAGCAAAUUCUCUUUCUUUCGCUAUAAGCUUUAGAAGGAAUAAUAUUUUUGAAUUUUUACUUUCUAGUUAUACAGACAUUGAUAUUAACAAAGUAGCAAUAGAAUGUGCAGAAAAGAACUUUAUUUAUGGAUUAAGAUAUUUGCAGGAAUCAGAUAUAGAUUAUUCUCAAACUUUGCUUCCAAUUUCGGCUAUUAAAAAUUGGAAUUUUUAUUUGCUGAAAACUUUGGAAAUUCCAUUUGAUCAAAUCUCAUUGUCUGAGAUUGUUAGAGCAAAAUGCUUGUUUGCUAUUGAUUUGGCCCCUACUCAUGGAUAUACUGAAGCUUUCUUCAUCGCAAUUGAUAAUAUGGAUUGGCAAAUUAUUGAAAAAUUACUUCACUUUGAUCAAAAAAAUUUGAAUGAAAUUUUUGACUGCGAAACAAUUCUCUAUCAUGCAGUCGAAACAAAGAAUAUUAGCUUAGUUAAUAUGCUUGCCAAAAAUGGUGUUGAUCCGAAUAUUAUAUCUCCAAAAACAAACAUGACGGCUCUACAAAGAGCUGCUCAAUUAACACAACAAAUGACAAAAGCUGUGCUGAGAAUCCCUGGAUGUGAUCCUUUUUUAGGAGAUCCACAAAAAUUGGCUUUUAAUGCAGGUAAUAAAAGCGCCGCAUUUGCAAUUAGAGAUCAUAUAAAAAGAAUGAAAUCAAACGAUUAA